CUCCUUCUUUUUCUCUCACAGACAGUCCUAGAGGAGAAUGCCUGCCAAGAACUCCUCCUCCGUGACAGAGUUUAUCCUCUCAGGCUUAACCGACCAGCCGGGACUCCAGAUCUCCCUCUUCCUCCUGUUUCUAGGUUACUACGUGGUCACGGUGGUGGGGAACCUGGGUUUGAUAACCCUGACAGGGCUCAACUCUCACCUGCAUAUUCCCAUGUACUUUUUCCUCUUCAACUUGUCCUUCAUAGAUUUUAGUCAUUCCACUACCCUCACCCCUAAAAUGCGGAUGAGUUUUGUCUCAAAGAAGAACAUCAUUUCCUAUGCAAGGUGUAUGACUCAGUAUUUUUUCUUCUGUUUCUUUGUCUUUUCUGAAUCCUAUAUUCUAUCGGCGAUGGCGUAUGACCGCCACGUGGCCAUCUGUAACCCACUGUUGUACACGGUCACCAUGUCUCCCCAGACGUGUUUGCUCCUUUUGCUGGGUGUCUAUGGGAUGGGGGUUUUUGGGGCUGUGACUCAUAUGGGAAACAUAACGUUUAUGUCCUUUUGUGGAGACAACCUUGUCAAUCACUACAUGUGUGACCUCCUUCCUCUCCUUGAGCUCUCUUGCAACAGCACUUACAUAAAUUUGCUGGUGGUUUUUAUUAUUGUGACCAUUGGCAUUGGGGUGCCAAUUGUCACCAUUUUUAUCUCUUAUGGUAUUAUUCUUUCCAGCAUUCUCCACAUUAGCUCCACAGAGGGCAGGUCUAAAGCCUUCAGUACCUGCAGUUCCCACAUAAUUGUGGUAUCGCUUUUCUUUGGGUCAGGUGCUUUCAUGUACCUCAAACCACCUUCUAGUCUACCCCUGGACCAGGGGAACGUGUCCUCCAUUUUUUAUACUGCUGUAAUGCCCAUGUAGAUUAACCCAUUAAUCUACAGUCUGAGGAAUAAAGAUGUCAAAGUUGCCCUGAGGAGAACUUUUGCAGAAAAUUAGUCUCUUAAAAAUGAAUGAGAAAGGGAAUCCAAACCUUUGUUAUUCAGGGGGUUUCUUUUCUUGUUUCAGGGAGGGAACAAAUGCCAGUUCUUUCUCUCCCAUACUUAGAGAAAAAUUUUAACUUUUAUUCUUAAGUGUACUUACUCCCUGCACUGCUUAUCCACCCCAACUAUUCCAACUGUUAUUUUAUGAGAAUAGUUUCUACUGUUAUACAGGGUUUAAUCUUGAAUAGGCUUAUGAAAUCAUUUACUCCAGUCUCCUCAUGUAAUACAUCACACUCAUAAAUAUGCUGUAGGCUGCCAAAGGACACACAUGUACCUGGUGCCAGAGCUGAAACUGGAGUCCGGGCUCUUGAAUUUUAAUACAAUCUGCUGUGCUUUUCUUCAGCUACAUUUCCUUGUUCCAUCG